AUGGCGCCCGCUCAACAAGAUACUUCUUCAACUCAACAGCAACCUGCUGCAGUUGAAGAAGCAGCAACUACCACCACCACCAAGAAACCAGUAUUGCCAGAAGAAGAAUUAUCUGAAGAAGAUCAAAAAUUGAAGGACGAAUUGGAGUUGUUAGUUGAAAGAUUAAAUGAACCAAACCAACAAGUUGAAUUGUACGGUAAGUACUUGGAUGCCUUAAAGACCUUUAUCAAGGAAUCCACCACUUCAAUGACUGCUGUUCCUAAACCUUUGAAGUUUUUAAGACCACACUACCCUUCAUUGACUGAUUUAUAUACUCAAUGGAGUAGUGAAACCUACCUGGCCACUGAAGAAAUUGUCGUUAAAUUGGCCGAUAUCUUAUCUGUGUUAGCCAUGACUUAUUCUGACGAUGGUAAGCGUGAAUCUUUAAAGUAUAGAUUGUUGUCCCAAAAGGAAUCCUUGCCAGACUGGGGUCAUGAAUAUAUGCGCCAUUUAGCAUUGGAAAUUGGUGAAGCUUAUCAAGAAUAUUUAGGUAGUGCCGAUGAUGAAGUUGAAAAGUUAGUUAAAUUAUCUUUACAGAUUGUUCCAUUCUUUUUAAAACACAAUGCCGAAGCUGAUGCUGUUGACUUGUUAUUGGAAAUUGAAAGUAUUGACAAAUUACCUCAAUUCGUCGAUGAUAACACAUUUGCCCGUGUUUGUCUUUAUAUGGUCAGCUGUGUUCCAUUAUUGGCUCCACCUGAUGAUGUAUCCUUUUUAAACACCGCCUUUGCCAUUUAUUUGGCCCAUGGUCAAUUAACUCAAGCCUUAACCUUGGCUAUCAAAUUGGAUGACGAAGAAUUAAUCAAGCAAGUGUUCAAUUCAACCAAUGAUGAAUUAAUCCACAAACAAUUGGGUUUUAUCUUGUCUCAACAAAACAACAGUUUUAAAUACCCUGGUGAAAAUCCUGAAGUUCAAGAAACAAUUUCCAACGUUAAGUUGGCAGAGUAUUUCAAAUAUUUAAUUAAAGAAUUAAAUUUAUUAGAACCUAAGGUUCCUGAAGAUAUUUACAAGUCACAUUUGGAAAAUACCAAGUUUGGCUUGGGUACUUCCGGGUCAAUUGAUUCUGCUAAACAAAAUUUAGCAGCUGCAUUUGUAAAUUCUUUCCUUAACUUGGGUUUUGGUAAUGAUAAAUUAAUCCAAACUUCAGAUGAUAACAAAUCUUGGAUUUAUAGAACCAAAGGGUCAGGAAUGUCUUCCACAACUGCUUCUUUAGGUUCAAUUCACCAAUGGGAUAUCAAUGAAGGUUUACAAGUUUUGGACAAGUAUACUUAUUCCGAUGAUCCUGAAAUUAAAGCUGGUGCUUUAUUAGGUACCGGUAUUGUUUCUUCCAAUGUCCAUGAUGAAGUUGAAGCUGCAUUUGCAUUAUUACAAGAAUAUGUAACUGAUCCAAAUAAACUUUACCAGACUUCGGCUAUCAACGGGUUAGGUAUUGCUUUUGCUGGGUCUGCUAAUGAAGAAGUUUUGAACUUGUUAUUACCAUUAGUAUCGGACUUGGAAAUCUCUUUAGAAAUUUCCUGUCUUGCUGCGUUAGCUUUAGGUCAUGUCUUUGUUGGUACUUGCCAUGGAGAUAUUACAUCUACUAUUUUGCAAACCUUAUUGGAACGCGAUUUUACCCAAUUGACCAAUAAAUUCAUCAAAUUUAUGGCCCUUGGAUUGGGUUUAUUAUACAUGGGUAAGACUGAACAGGUUGAAGAUGUCUUGGAAACCAUUGAUGCCAUUGAACAUCCAAUUAGCAAGACUUUGAAAGUAUUGGUUAAUAUUUGUGCUUAUGCCGGUACAGGAAACGUUUUACAAAUCCAAGCAUUAUUACAAAUGUGUACUGCCAAACCUAAAGAACAGGCUGAAGAAGAAAAGAAGUUGGAACAAUCUGAAGAAGACCAACAAAAGGAAGAAGAAGAAGCCAAGAAAGAACACGCAGACACUACCGGUGAUGUUGAGAUGGAAGAUGCUUCUGAAGUCAAACCAGAAACUGAAGCCAAGGCAGAAGUUAAAGAUGAAGAUGUCACUGCUGAAGAAGAUGAAGAUGCUGAAGAACAAGAGGAACUCUAUCAAGGUAUUGCUGUUUUAGGGUUAGCUUGCAUUGCCAUGGGUGAAGACAUUGGACAAGAUAUGUCCUUGAGACAUUUCGGUCAUUUAAUGCAUUAUGGUAAUUCGUUGAUUAAACGGGCAGUUCCGUUGGCAAUGGGAUUGGUUUCUGUAUCCAACCCACAAAUGAAGGUAUUUGAAACCUUGUCAAGAUACUCUCAUGAUGCUGAUUUAGAAGUUGCUCAAAAUGCCAUUUACUCUAUGGGUUUGGUUGGUGCCGGUACCAAUAACGCUAGAUUGGCCCAAUUAUUAAGACAGUUGGCUUCAUAUUAUAUUAAGUCUCCAGAGUCUUUGUUCAUGGUUAGAAUUGCCCAAGGUAUUUUACAUUUAGGUAAAGGUACCCUAACAUUGACCCCAUUUAACUCGGAACGUACCAUAAUUUCCAAGGUUUCCUUAGCCUCGUUGUUGACGAUCGCCAUGGCAUUAUUAGAUCCACGAGAAUUCAUUUUGAAUGAUUCAAGUACAGAAACUACACAUCAAUUGUUAUACUACUUGACUCCGGCCAUAAAACCAAGAAUGUUAAUCACAGUCGAUGAAAACUUGAACCCACUUAAAGUCAAUGUAAGAGUUGGUCAAGCGGUUGAUGUUGUUGGUCAAGCAGGUAAACCAAAGACCAUUACUGGUUGGGUCACUCAAUCUACUCCCGUAUUAUUGAAUUAUGGUGAGCGUGCUGAGUUGGAAAAUACUGAUGAAUGGAUAAGUUUGAGUCAUUCCUUGGAUGGUAUUGUUAUCUUGAAGAAGAAUCCUGAAUAUAUGGAAGUUGAUAAUUAG